AUGCAGCCUCCGGGCUGGCUCUUGGGUCCUACCUUUUCAUCUCUUCCAAGAGAAAAGAAAAUUCGAUUCAAAGCCUUCCCUUUUGAAAAUUAAUAAAGAAAAAGCAUGCAAAAGUCCCCAACAUAGAUUCCUUUCUUUUGCUUUCAAGCAACCAAUACCCCUCCAAAUCUCAAUCCAUCCUUCUGCUGCCAAAGUUUCAAAUUCCAAACCCUCCCAAUCACUUCACUUAAAAUUUCCCCAUAUAACUCUUCAACCCACACCCAACCUGAAACCAAUAUGACGACGCUGCAGAAAUUCAAGCUACUAGCGACACAAUGCGGCGUCACCCAAAGCCCAACACGAAGUCCAAGGACGAGCCCCCUCCUCAACUUCCGCCGCCCUAAAACCACACUCCGAAUGCUUCUUACCAGAAGCGGUAGUCGCAAAUCGUCAAGUUGCCGGGAAAUGGUGUAUCCACAGAGUUUCUUCGGCAUUUCAGGUGAGAAAAAGAAGGGCGACAAGGAUUUAAGUGGUCGCACUUUGAAGGAUUUAUUCGUAUCAUCAGGAGGAGAAUACGAGGAGGACCAAGGAAAAGUGGUGAAGGAGAAAUUUGGCGGGAAGGGGGAAGUUGAAGUGGCGACGAAACUUGGCGGUGUGAAUGGGUUGGGAGGUGAAGCGGGAUCGGCACGGGCAGGGUGGAUUGGGUUUAGGCAUAGGAUGGUGUUGAGGAAGGCUUGGCGUCCCAUGCUUCAGACCAUCCCUGAGUAAUCAUUUUAUUUGGGUGAGGCGUUUAAAUCUCUUCUUAAAACCAAAAUUUUGCUUCUUCUUCUUCUCUCUCCCUUGUAUCCAAAUGCUGGGCUUCAGAUUGAUAUAUUGUUAGAAGAUGACACGUGUGAUGAUA